UUGGGCUGAGAAGCCUCAGCUUUUCAUGGAGGUGAAGACAGUGCUGACCAGGCAGCAAGAGAGGCUGGGCCAGGAAUGGGACUGGUCUUUACUGUCGUGCUGCCUGUUCCAAGAGGAUGUGGCUCAAGAAGGCAGAUACUGGGUGACCUAGUUUCUGGGAAGGUGGAGACAAGAACAAGCCUGGACCAUGGGUGUGGCUGUCCCUCUAACACAAUCCUGAGACUUCCUUGGGGGGCUAUCAGGGGCUUUGGGGAUGUUCUGGGACAGACCUGGGCACUAGAACUUGCUCAGGGUAGGUUCUUUCUCUUGCCCUCUGGGGGGUCUCCAUGAGAAUGGGAGUCAGGAGUUGUAGCAUCCACUCCAUGGAGGGGGUGGGGCUCAGUUAUAGCCCAGCCCCUUCCUGAACCAGGGCCUCAAAUAGUAGCCAGUGCCCUGGGGCCAGAGCCAGUUGUCAACCAAGACCAGGCAAGUCUGUCCAGGGCCAGCCACAGGCCUCCAGAAGGAACCUGUAUCCCUCCUUGGACCAGGACCCCUGAGCCUCUGACACCGCCUCUUAUCCACAUCCAKGUAAGUUUUGAGGCUGAGUUGAACUGGGGACUGGGUGGGAAUGGCAUCCUGACUUGGGACCUCAGUUUCUCCAUCCAGUGGGAGACUGGUCAUGGGGCUAAGAACCCAUCCCGAGGAGACCUGGAAAGUGCAGUAGAAAGUGCUUUUGCUCAGGCCAGUGCUGGGCCACAGACCCCUCCUGGACCAUAGCUGGGUGAGGAUUGGUGUUACUGGCCAUUCCAUCUGUCCUUUCCAGCCCACCUCCCUGGUGCCAUGGGCAGGCCCUGGGUCCUGCUGGCAAUGCUCUGGGCACUGUGGGCCAAAGGGGCAGCAGCGCUGCGCAUUGGAGCCUUCAACAUCCAGAGCUUUGGUGACAGCAAAGUGUCUGACCCAGCCUGUGGCAGCGUCAUCGCGCAGAUCCUGGCUGGUUACCACGUCAUGCUGGUACAGGAGGUGCGUGACCCGGACCUGAGCGCAGUGUCAGCGCUCAUGGAGCAGAUCAACAGCGUGUCGAAGCAUGAAUACAGCUUCGUGAGCAGCCAGCCUCUGGGUCGGGACCAGUACAAGGAAAUGUACCUGUUCAUCUAUAGGAAAGACAAAGUGUCGGUUGUGGACACUUACCAGUACCCGGACCCCGAGGACGCCUUCAGCCGCGAACCUUUCGUGGUCAAGUUCUCGGUCCCCGCCACAGCUGUCAAGGAGCUGGUGUUGAUUCCACUGCACGCUGCGCCACACCAGGCGGUGGCAGAGAUCGACGCCCUCUACGACGUGUACCUGGACCUGAUUGAGAAGUGGGGCACCGACGACAUGGUUUUCCUGGGCGAUUUCAAUGCGGACUGCAACUACGUKCGGGCACAGGACUGGGCGGCCAUCCGACUGCGCAGCAGUGAGGUCUUCAAGUGGCUCAUCCCGGACAGCGCUGACACCACGGUGGGCAACUCCGACUGUGCCUACGACCGCAUUGUGGUGUGCGGCGCCCACUUGCGCAGGAGCCUGAAGCCUCAGUCAGCCUCGGUGCAUGACUUCCAGGAAGAGUUUGGCCUGGACCAGGCCCAGGCUCUUGCCAUCAGUGACCAUUUUCCAGUGGAGGUGACCCUCAAGUCCCACUGACAGCCCUGUGGCUAGGCUAGGGCACAUCACCUGCAGACUUGGCAGCACUGUGGAUCAUUUGGGGUAGCAGAAGAAUGAACGCAGGGAAGGGUCAGCUGGGUGUGAAAGGGUGGCACAGUCACAUUACAGUACUACUCAGAGCCUCAGUGUCCCAUCUGUAAGAAGGGCUAACACCACCUACCUCAGAGGGUUGUUGUGAGGAGUACCCUCCAAAGUUGCCUAGCUAGUGCCUGGAACAUGUCUGGGUAAUAAACAAGCCACUGGGCCAGGACCACUCUUGGGCUGACUCUGAGGCCUCUGUCUCUUUUUAGGACUUAGCCCUUCUUUGAUGCAAGCCUUGGCCCUACAACCUGGUUAGGUCCAUGAUCUCCGUCCUCUUAGGGAACAGGGACAGCUUGGCCUGCCCAACUCAUGUCCUCAUGGAAACUGGCCAUCUCCAAACCAUGCUGGCCUGGAAGUCAGCUCAAGGAAGUUCCCUUCUCUUUGUGCAAACUGCAAAAACCCACACUGUGAGCACAGCUGGGCCCUCUGAUUUAAGAGUAGAGCUCUGCCCAUCUUGCCGUCUAGAGCCUUAUCUGAACCAGAGGCCCUGUUUCACCCAGUGUUACAGGGGAGACUCAGGAAGCUGGUCCCAUGCUCUAGCCAGUCAGCUCCCCUGCAACUUUUGAGGGCCCUUGAGGAUGGGCUGGUUGCUUGGGGCUAAGGUCCUGCCCAAGGAACACACACCUCACCUGUGCACAGCCUGUGUAGGUCUUCGGAGUCCUGGACUAGCAGGGACCUGGAGGAUGGGGGCCUGUGUGGGACAAGCAUCACCUCAGGAGUAGAUGAGCAGCUCCGAGAGCAGGGCUGGAGGCUCCUGGUGUUGGGACACUUCAUUCUGGCAGGACUGGGGGAUGCAAUUGAAUUCUAUGGCAGGGGAAUCUUUCAUCUCAAGAUGAAAGAUUGGAGAAUUAGAAUUCUCAAGAUGUAGGACCUUGGCAGCACCACAUGCUUCAGAAUAAGCCAUGCUUCCCUUGUCCCUCCCAAGUUUGUCCAGACCCUCCAUCCAAAUGAACAAGCAUGGUGGCCAAGGGCUUUUCUCCAGUGGUCUUGUGGGUCACUGGGGUCUGAGACUACCUAGCUUUGAAGGUCUCCAACAAGCAGGCAGCCAAAGGUCAGGAAUGGGACAAUGUGAGGACUUUAUUCGGUUUUCCUUUGGGAAAAGGGACACUCAGUGUGACCUUGUCCAGGGCCCUGAGCAGCCUACCUGUCAUUCAGUUCUAAAGUAUAGAUCCUGUCUAGCUGGCAGAAACAAGGCCAUCGGUGGUGAUGGGGCCUUGAGACUCAGGGCUACAAGGGGCAGGACUUUCUGUCUAAGAUGAGGAAAACAAAAGCUGAGA